UAGCUGUCAGCACAGCCAGACAGAGGACUGCACACCUGAGCUGUAGCAGUAUACCUGCAAAUCCUGACUGAGUACCUUUUCCCAGACUGUAGAGCCUGGUUAGUUGAUAUCUCCUCACCUGUACUGCUCCCUUUAUUAUCUACUUUCUCAUCUGCAAUUUAUAAUCUGUGUAUUCCUGCACCCCUCCCCUUCUUUUCACAGUGACUUGGUGUAUCUGAGACAUCUGCACCAUCAGACACCUCACCUGUGCCCAGUUUUUGGCACUGUACCAUACCUGGCAGAGAACAUCUUGCCACAUAAGGUUUACUAAAGUCACUUUUUCAUUUUCUUCUGUGACUCUUCAUAUCUUAACAAAUGUCUUCAGGUGCCCCUAGCUGGCGGGGUAGUUCAUCAAGCCAGACAGGCACUCCCGAUUUCAGGAUGUCUGCGUCUAGGCUGCAGUCAUUGCGUUCUGGCAUGGAUCUACAUGCGCUGCGUUCCGCUGUGGAGAAUUCCCCAUUGCGUUCUGGGAUUGAGUCUCUGCUGCAGAAUAACCACCAGGAGGUAAUGCAAGAGCUGAAUGAACGUCUAGCUGGGUAUCUACAACGAGUUCGGGGCCUGGAAGAAGAGAAUCAUAAACUGCAGGAGGAGAUUGAUGAAUUAUCUGCCAAAAGGAACCCAGUUACGAGAGAUUGGGACUCAUACCAGGCCCCCCUGCAGCAACUGCGCAAGCAGAUGGAGGAUUUGAAUAUGGAUAAUGCUAAGCUCCUCCUGCAGAUUGACAAUGCCAGGCUGGCUGCGGACGACUUUAAAGUGAAGCUGGAGACAGAACAGGCCAUAUGUGAUGGGGUACAGAAGGAUACACAGGGCCUACGCAAGAUGAUAGAUGACACCAAUUUCCUACGGAUGAAGUUGGAAUCUGAGGUAGAAACCCUAAGGGAAGAGUUGAUCCAUCUCCAAAGGGACCACAAUGAUGAAGUGGCGGCACUACAGGCUCUGAUAGGCAAUAACAAUGUGAAGAUAGAGGUGGACGCUCCCAAGAAACCGGACCUGAAUGAGAGCAUUGCUCAGAUCCGGAGCCAAUAUGAAAAAAUGGCUGAGCAGAACCGGGCGGAGGCGGAGAAUGCCUACAAAAAUAAGUUUGAUGUCAUGUCCCAGGAGGCAAAUGUGAACACAAAGGCACUGGAACAAGCCAAGAAUGAGGUGAAUGACCUCCGGCGACAACUACAGGCUUUAGAGAUGGAACGUCAGUCCCUCCAGAAGACGGUGGACUCGCUAGAACAUGUCUUGAAGGAUACAGAGGAUCAUUAUGGAUCAAACCUAAUGGAAAUUAACCGACUGCUUGUCCGUCUGCAGGACGAGCUGGCAGCUUGCAGAUCUGAAAUAGAGCGACAAGUACGAGACUAUGAAGCCCUCCUGAACCUAAAGUCUAAGCUGGAGAAUGAAAUUCAUGACUACCGUGCUCUGCUGGAAGGCGUUGUAGACAAAGACGAUCCUGAGUCCACAGCACAAGGGGGUAAGUGAACCUUAGCACAGAAGACGAUUCAGAAAGUGUCUGUGACCCAGCAUGAAAUUGUCGAUGGAAAAGUUGUAUCUGCUUCAUCCACAGAAACCAUUAAAUAGAUUAGGAUGGUGGGAGAUUGUAGCACUUCUGUAUACCAGAUGUAGAAAUAAAAACUAGUAUUAUCAGUU